AAAACGAGAAUAUCCGAGGCCAUUGAUUGCCGUAGCUGGAGGUUGCGUGGUGGUGUGUUGUGUAUUUCAGCCUGCGUGCUUGUGAUUGUUUUUGUGCGUGUAGGGUGUGAUUGCUUAUGGUCAACAUGAGUUGCUACAUCCAAGUUUGUGAGGAUGAGAAUGAAGAGCCCAUUGAGAUCCCCACCGAAGAAGAUGGCACAUUAUCCCUAUCGACAUUAGUUGCGCAGUUUCCUGGGGCUUGCGGCCUUAAAUAUCGCCAUCCCGAGAGCAGGGGAUUACGUGGUGUUCGUUUGAUUGAUGGACGUCUGCAUCCUCCAGAUGAAGGAUGGAACUUCAUCUUUGUGUGUGUGUUUCCCAAAGGUGAGGAUAGAUCAUGCAAUUACCAGAUGAACGAGGAUAUGAAAUCAGGCUGCAUCGAUGGAGUUAUGAAAGAAAACAAAAGGAAGUCCGAUGACCACCUGGAGAGCUCCAUGUCGAAAACCAAGCGUAUGGAGAGCAAGCAGCGUUGUUCAGACUUGAUUGUUUUGGGACUUCCAUGGAAAACCACAGAGAAGGAGCUCAGAGAGUACUUUGAACCUUUUGGUGAAGUCUUGAUGGCACAGGUGAAGAAAGACCCCAAGACUGGCCAAAGCAAGGGAUUUGGCUUUAUCAGGUUUGGUAGUUAUGAUUCUCAAGUUAGAGUACUUUCUCAGAGGCACAUGAUUGAUGGACGGCUGUGUGAUGUUAAGAUCCCCAACUCCAAGGAAGGUAUGGUGCAGCAAGUUAAUAGCAAAGUCUUCAUUGGUCGUUGCACUGAAGACAUAACAGCAGAUGAUCUCCGAGAAUACUUCAGCAAGUUUGGUGAGGUCACCGAUGUUUUUAUUCCUAAGCCAUUUAGGGCCUUUGCUUUUGUCACAUUUUUAGAUCCUGAAGUAGCACAGACCCUAUGUGGUGAAGACCAUAUUGUCAAAGGAACAUCUGUUCAUGUGUCCAACGCUGCCCCAAAGGGUGAUCCAAACCGUGGACCAUUUGGGCGUGGUGGACGUAUGGAUGGGCGAGGCUAUGGUCAAGGUGGCUAUGGGCAGGGCAUGAACAAUGGUGGUGGCUGGAAUCAAGGGGGAAAUCGGGAAAUGCCUAACUUGGCUGCUUUGGGUACAUCUCUGGGUUUGGGUGGACCUGGACAGGGUGGACAAGGUGGUGGGCAGAAUGUGAAUCCUCUUAAUAUGGGAGCACUAACCAUGCCCAUGUUAGCUGCCCUUAGCCAAGCUAGCUGGGGUCUGUUAGGCAACUUGCAGCAACAGAAUCAGGAUGGUCCUCAGGGCCAGGGUGGUUACAAUCAGGGAGGGCAGCCCAAUCAGGGACAUCCAAAUAAUCCCCCACCAGGUCACGGAGGUGGCCAGGGGGGUUGGGGAUCCAGUUCUGGGGGUUGGGGAGAUGGAGGCCAGGGUGGCUCAUGGGGACAGUCUCAGGGUAGGGGAGGAGACAAGUACAACAGGUAUGAUAUGUAAGUAUGCUUAGGCAAACCUUUGGGUGGUUGUUGAGAGGAGUGGAUGACGAAAGAGACAGACCAUGUUUGGUGACUGAAAAUGUCAUGUUUGCUGUGAAGUUAGUCUGAUUUGUAAGUGUGAGGAGGAAUAGGAUUGGGGUUGCUUUUGGGGGAUUGUUUAGUUUGGGUGAAGUCAACGCUCCCUCAUCAUCCCUUGUCUUAAGCAUGCUCCAUUUAGUUAUAGCAAGUAUUCACUUUACCUAUAAUGAUAAUAUUCACGCUUAGUGUGUAUUGUUUGGUGUGGUCAUGUAUGGGAGGGUGCUGGGGUCAUGAUACUUGGCUCUGAUUGUUGUAGCAACAGUGUUUGAAGAUGUGGUAUGACUGCAUGGGCUCUCCUCACUGAUGUGUAGCCUCACCACUUCCAUAUAUAUUGGUAGUGGAGGUGUCCUCAAAAGGUGAAAAUAGUGUGACAGCAAAUAUGUACUGAGAGUGGUAUGGACGUGUGGGUAGUAUAUGCCAAUGCCAGGUCUUUGAAAACUUUCAGUGGGGUGUGCAAGUCUCAGUAGAGUGAAAGAGGCUUUCUAAACCCCAUGGGAAAAGUGAUGUGUGCCUGGUAAAUCAAUAGAUCAAAUGCCCAUCACUGUUCUCAAUGGGGAAUGGAGAGAAUCUGAGGCAAUCAGUACCAUAAUCCUGGCUCCAUACCGUUCUCAAUCAUUGCUGUUUUUAUUAUUUUUUGAUGUUGAACAUUUAUUUUGAACAUGCUAUACAACACUUUGUAAUCUAAGGUCACACUUUAAAUUGUAGCUGUUCGCCUUUUGUGAACAGUGUGGAACCAGGGGUCUUGUAUAUAUACAUAUAUAUAUAGUGUGUGUUCGUUUUGAAAAGAAUGCUGCAAGACUAUCCUGGUCAUUAAGCUUGCCACAUAACAUUUUCUUCUAUACAAUGAGAGAAGGUUAUGGAGUGAGCUGGCAGAAGAAUAAUAGCUAUUGUGAAAUGUAAUGUUUUUAAAUGUAAUUACUCAAUACUUGCCGUGUGAGGUGUGACCGAGGAAGCCCUGAGUGUGUAGACUAGGAAGGCCAAGCUGCGUGUGUGGCAAUGCAACAAAUUAAUAUAUAUUUUGGGAGUUCAAUAUGAGCAUUGGCCUAUUUAUUUUGUUACUAGUGUGCAUCUAUAGUAGGCAACCAAAAAAGUGCAAGUCAUUGGCCUAGUGUAAUCUUGCCCCUACUCCCUUACAUUAUACUCUUACUAGUUUGUUGCACAAAAAGAUUUAACAUGGUUAAUUGGAAUGUUGUAGUGAAAUUAAAUUUUUUAUGGUUGGAAUAAUGCCUAUCAGUCUAAUAUUACAGUUGGGGUAGGGGCAACAACUACCUUGACCUCACCUGACCUCUCACCUCUCAGUGUUGCAAAGGUCGCUGACCUGGGAAUCACAGUACAAAGUCUGUGUGUUGAGCAUGGUGGUCAGCAGCAGUGGCCAGUUGGAAGCAGUAAGGCAGAUUGAUAAUGCUAUAUUUCAUUAUAUAACAUAAAUAUUGCUCUACUUCAUUAUAACAUAGCUCAUUUGUGACUUUUUGAAUCUCCAAAACCAGUUUUCCUCUUGUUUUACAUUGGUUCAAGCCAAGUGACUGUUGACCAUUUCAAGUGGCUGUUGGCUGAUCUCUUAGAUAACCUUCCUGCUCUCCUCUGGCGUGCCAGUGAAAGGAGGAGUGACCGAGCCACGUAUGAUUUAACAAGCAGGCCUUGUGUUUGCUCUAGCAAUUUUUCUUUUAGUCAGUGAUCACUACUUUUAAUUAUUUUUGGAAUGAAAGUGUCAAGGUCAGUGAAUGUUACUUGAAUUUAGAAAGAUAUAUAAUUUUUCUCUCAUAUCCGUUCAUUUCAUUAAAGAUUUUUAUUCACUAAAUAGCAUUCACCAGUAUUUAUGGUGUACAUGUACUCAUUACAGGCUCUUAUGAUGUGUGUGCUGUGUGAAAUUUUAAUAUGGUAUAGGAAAGAUAUAAUAAGAAAGUGUCCUGUCAUGUCAUAUAAUUCGAGUACAAAUAUUCAUUGUUUAAUGCAUUUGUAAGAAGAUUUGUAAAUUUAUUCUUGUCGAAGUAUUUCACUUUGAAAUGUCACCGGUUCAUGAACAGGCACGUUUCUUUCUAAGUCAAGUAGGACAGAAAGGACAGAGUAGUCAAGUUAGCCAGGGCGCUCAUGCAACCUGUUGUCAAAUGGUUAAUGAGAGUUUGGUUUGUGGUAUACAUAACUAUGUAUGUAAACUUGGAAUGAUCCUUUUUUGGAAAAUGGUGUGUUCUUUUUUAUGCAUAGAAUGUUAAAAAAUUAAAAAUUUUAAAUUUUCUUUAAGAUUUAAAAUAAUUACUGAGAGCCUCUGAAGAUGUGAUGGUGUGUUGUGAGGCAGGAGUAUACAUUUGAGAUUGGUUGUUUUAUGAAUUUUAUGAUGUGAAGAAGAGCCCCUUUACGUGUUGAAAGUCAAAUGAAUCAUGGACUUUUUGAUGAUAGCCAGUGACUGCUGGUUGCUGCAAGAACUUGGAUACGCUUGCUACAGCUCCUUUCAGGGCAUGAUUGUGGAUGUAUGGCUAGAGUGCUGUCUAUUAAUAAAGAUACACAGCUGAA